GCUGCAUCGGAGUUCAGACAUGUCUUGUAGUCUGUUAAUUUAAAUUACGGCCCUGCCCUGUCGAUUUACAGAGAUGGCUAUCUUGAAAGGAUGUCCAUGUAACGUCUUUUCACCUUUGGGUAGUUACUUCGCCCUGACAAACAAUCCUCUAUUGACGCCGAUCCCUCCGGCCUUUUCUCACAGCGAUGAAGUUCACCAUCAUUGCCGUGACCUGCUCUGCAGUGUCAGCCUCUGCUUUUUACAUCCAGAUUCGCGAUGAAACCGGUAGCUGUCACAAUCGAACGGAUGCGCGAAGAGAUGCACGCGCCGCAGGAUGCACAAAUGUCAGCAACUACGAUAUCAGUGGAACACUGUGCAAUCCCUUCGGCUGCAAUUGUGACUGGGGGUGUAUCGAGAGUGACGGGAUCUUUGACACAUGGAGAUCACAUAAAUGCCCCAACAGAGUAGGAAGCGAUGUGUGUAGUGAAGACUAGGUUUUCAACACUUGAAUUUGCUGGAAAUGGAAUGAAUUGAGAGUAUCCUUUAUCUGUCUUUCGACAUGGAAUGCUACCAGACACGAUUAAGCAUGCUGACUGUGGAGGUGGGGUCACUCCCUAGUAUUAGCAUAUAUUAACGUUCUCAAGGGAGAGUUGUCUUAGAUUACCUUUGGACUACAGCCCAGUCCAUACCCCGAAGAAACAGAAGAUGUACCUAUAGUGUAAAUGCACUAUAAUGCAAGGGAGUAAGGGUAGUGUUAAACCGACCACAGGGCCAAAAACUAGGCUCGCCACUUAGUUAGUGACCUUCUAGGUAUUUCGGUAUAUCUCCGGUUCAACA